UGGACGUAGAGGAUCGUGUUUUGUACCUGUUGAGAUCCUCCGUCUGUGUGGGGCUGUGUUACAGGGACCUCGGUGUAUUUUUCUAAGUAUUGAACAGCCUAUUUUCAACACUCAGGGGUCACUUCCCAAGACUGAUCUUACCUGAGAAGGAAGCCCAGAGAAAAAGGAAAGCAAGGAGUCAGAAAUGACUCGUUCCGAGGGACAGCUGACGUUCCAGGAUGUGGCCAUAGACUUCACUCAAGAGGAGUGGGAAUGCCUGGACCUCAGUCAGCGGGAAUUGUACAGGGAUGUGAUGUUACAGAACUACAGGAACCUGGCCUCCUUGGGUCUUGUCUCUAAGCUGGACCUGGUCGCCUUUCUGGAGCAAUUGAAGGAUCCCAGGAAUAUAAGGAGAAUGGGGACCAUAGCCAUUUACCCAGCUAUGUCUCCACAAGACACCCAGGAUUUCAUGCCAAAGAAUCAGAAAGUAUUUGAAUAUGUGUUCCCAAUAGCAAACCUAGGAAUAUAUCAAAUAUUUCACCACAGAAAUUUAGAUUUAAUGAAAGACUGGGAAUAUACAAGGGUAUAUGAAAGACAGAGAGAAUGUUUAUAUGAACAUAAAGAAAUGGAGACAGUUACACAUUAUGCUAAGAGUACUGGAAAGAGAAAUGAGCAAUGUGAGUCAAAUUGGGAAAAACAUCAACUUCAGUCGUCGACAUCUGCCGAGAAGUGUAAGUGUUUAAGAACUGAUUUCCAUCCUUUUUUGAAACAUACAUGUUCUCUAAAAGGAAACAUGGAAAAUCUGGAAGGUAAUCUAGUCUCUACUGCAAAUACUCAUUCAGACAAUUCUGAACGAAGGCUUCGACUAAACAUACAUUCAAGCAUGUCUGAACACCUACAAUUUAACAAUGAGUGGGAAAACUCACAAUCUAAUCAAUUUGAGGGAUCCGUGAGCAGGGGGUCAUUUUUCUUCCCCCAACAGAUAUUUUCUCACCAUUCCAAGAUGUACAAUGUUGAUGAUAAUGGAAGAGACACAAUCCAACCAUCCUUGUUCAAUACAUAUUGUGAUAUGGUUAAUACACAACAACUUUCUAUGUGUAAUAAAAUGAGUCAGACCUUUAGUAACAACUACAGCUCCAAUAAUUACAAGAGUAUUUAUGGUGGAGUGAGAAGAUAUUCUGGCAAUGAAACUGGGUACACCAUUGAAGGAAACGCAAAACUUAUGAAACAUCAGGGACCCGAAUCUUCAGACGAUUCUAAACGUAAUAAAUGUAGAAAUACCUUUGAUCAAAUGUCAGGUUUUUCUCUAGAUAAGACUACUUGUCCUGAAGAGAGGAUUUGUAGUGAAUAUGGUCAUGUUUCUAAUCAGUCUUCAGAACUUAUUCAACAGCACACUGUUCAGAAUCCACAGAAAGAAAACCAGUGUAAGAUAUGUGGGAAAGUGUUUAGUAAGUCAUGCCAUCUAAGUAGACAUAACAAAAUUCAUACAGGAAGGAAACCUUUCAAAUGUACAGAAUGUAGCAAAGUGUUUAACCUUCACUCACUUCUUACUGAACAUCAGAGAAUUCACACUGGAGAGAGACCUUUCAAAUGUACAGAAUGUGGCAAAGCCUUUACUUACAACUCACAUCUUACUCAACAUCUGCGAAUUCAUACUUGAGAGAAACCUUAUAAAUGCAUACAAUGUAGCAAAACCUUUAUGCGUUACUCACAUCUCCCCUAUCAUCGGCAAAUUCAUACUGGAGAGAGACCUUAUAGACGUACAGAAUGUAGCAAAGCCUUUAUCUGUUACUCACAGCUAACCUAUCAUCAGCGAAUUCAUACCGGAGAGAAGCCUUAUAAAUGUAAAGAAUGUAACAAAGCCUUUCAUCGUCUCUCACUUCUUACUGGACAUCAGCGAAUUCAUUCUGGGGAGAGACCUUAUAAAUGUAAAGAAUGUGACAAAGCCUUUUUAUUCGGUGCUAAUCUUACUCGACAUCAGCAAAUUCAUACUGGAGAGAAGCCUUAUAAAUGUAAAGAAUGUAACAAAGCCUUUCAUCAGUACUCAGUUCUUACUACACAUCAGCGAAUUCAUUCUGGGGAGAGACCUUAUAAAUGUAAAGAAUGUAGCAAGGCCUUUAUUCAGUGCGCACAUCUCACUCAGCAUCAGCGAAUUCAUACUGGAGAGAGACCUUAUAAAUGUACAGAAUGUGGCAAAGCCUUUAGUCACAGUAGUAAUCUCACUAAACAUCUGAGAACACACACUUAACCCUAGUAA